AUGUCGCGCCUGGCUGCUUGUGAAGCCUGUAGAAAGGCUAAACUGGCAUGCGACCAUCAGCUGCCCGUUUGCACGCGCUGUAGUGCUAGCAAGGGGAUUUGCAUCUACAGGACUACGCCCUUUAAGCGGAAAAGAGUCGAGAAGCAAAGCCUUGGUUCUUCUGAUGAAUCGCCGUCAUUUAAUCCAAGACGUAAUUUAUACCCAAACCCUGGGUAUCUAGGAUCGUCUAGCCAUGCAGCUAUAUUCAAGCACAUCACUCCGGACGGAGACCAUGGCCCCGGUAGUCAUCAAGCAGUACCAGAGGAUCUACACUCGGACUUGUUUGGCGACAACCAUCUAGUCCUACAAGGCGCGGAUAUCCUCAAACAUCUCUUGACGACAUACAAGUUGUCUGCCAUGAAAGACCUCGUCAUGUUCUGGCUAGCUAAAGGAGCCAACCUGGCCCUAGCAGAGCCCUUUGUUGACCAAUGUGCCCAGAGUGUGAGCCAAUUGUUCACUUAUCACGACGACAACUGGCAUCUGGUCUAUGCAAGACGUCUCUUGCAGAACUCGGCCCAGCCGCUGCACUUCAAUGAUACCUCUGACCUGGCUGGUUUCUCGGCUCAAUUUCUAGAUCACAAUUCUCGUUGGGAGACAUUAGGAAUUUUUUUGCCGCUGUCACUCGAGCGACAAUUGACAUUUCGUUCUUUCCGUCUCUAUAUACCACCGAGCAAGAACAAUUGCUUGAAUGAUCUACAACUGAUCAUGCAAUACGAGAACUUCAUCGUCCAUUCCUACGUGGAUGGAGAUCAGAGCUACCAUUCCUGGCGCAAACUAGGCGACGCAAUAUCCUCCACAUUUGCUCUAGGCUACCACGAAAACAUUGAAAUAAAAGCGGGACUUCCACCAUUUCUCAAAGAACUGCGCAAAACAGCUUUCGCGCGCAUCUACUCCGCAGACAAGAACAUAGCAAUAUUCCUCGGCCGCCCGCCACGAAUGAACAAACGCUUCUGUCACUUCCAGAUCCCAUCCUGCCGGAAUGCAGAAGAAGGCUCAGCAGACUGGACCCCAGACGCGGAGCCCGGGUACCGAGCUGAUACGCGGUGGUCUGCGCUGUGCGCAUCGCUGAAGGAGGAGAUCUGGGAGCUUCUUCAGGACAAGCAUGAUCCAUCAUGUGCGCAACGAGCAAGCGUGAUACAAUGCCAAGCAGAGACGCAGUGGCAACACCUGCCAGCCCACUUCCGACUCGAGAGCAGUCUGAAGAAAUGUACGCAAGGACCCUUUGAGCGAGACUUUGUUGCCGGCGUACGGCUGCACCACUUACAUGUGCUAUUCUUGCUCCGUCUCCUGCUUCUUAAAUCACCGACCGAGCCCGAUCUACCGAUCAUCGAGACGGCGGGUCAGAUGCUCACGCUCGUUGUGGAGAUUAUUUUGCUGCGGGAUCAGCUCACUAACUCUGGGACGGGUCUUAUUUGGAAGGUCGCAUACUACGGUCUCCCCGCUGCGGGGAUAAUGCUUCUGGCCAUGUUGAAACAACACAUGCCACGAGCGCACCGGACACGGUCGUUACAAGAUCUCAGUGUGUUUGUAGCGGAGGUUCAAAUCGGGACGAUUGUUAAAGCCGGGGAUCCGAAUUAUGCGUUGCUUUCUAAGGCUACACGGACGAUACAGCGUUUUCUGGACUCGACUCAUUCGGAUCCGGCGCAGCCUCUGCCUGAACUGGCUGGGGUUGAGGGGAAUGAUGAGUGGGCGGCGUUGUUGAGUCAGGAUUUGUGGGAUUUCGAGGCUGGGUUUUGGCAGAGUUUGGCGGAUCAUCCGUCUUUGUUGGCGAUUGAGCCUUCUUUGCCUCCUGUUUAG